AUGUCAGCAAUUGAUGAUAAUGAACAUAAGCGAAGAUACGUUAAUCGAGAGAAAUCUGAUAACGUGGCGUACCAUGGAUCCACGCAGCCGCCUGAGAAGGCGAAUGAAGUACCGGAGCUCCGUAACCGCCAAGGGAAUGGGAUUUCUGACGUAUCCAGAAGCACGCUUGGUGAUGGCGUGAAUGAACCCAGUGGUGCUCGCGUUGAUCCAGAAAAGGGACGUGAUUGUCAUGUUGUUGACUGGGAUGGACCCGGUGAUCCACAAAAGGCUUUCGUCACGUUCCAGAUUUGCUUUCUCACCUUCUCGGUCUACAUUAGAUGUGCCAUAUACACGCCCGGUCUACAGGGGGUGAUGAAAGAGUUUGGCGUUGGCCAGGUGCCUGCGCUAUUGGGAUUGACACUAUACGUUGCAGGAUACGGUCUUGGUCCUGUACUAUGGUCUCGUAUGAGUGAAGUCCCACAGAUGGGAAGGUUGUUGUUGCCCGUGGUUUUCUCAGUCAGCUUUGGUAUGCUAUUGGCCUUCAGAUUCUUGACUGGAUUUGUCAGAUCUCCGGCUCUUGCAACAGGAAGGGCGAUCAUUGCCGACAUGUUCCGGCCGAAGAAACAAGCCUAUGCGCUGACAUUCUGGGGAAUCAGUGCAGUAUGUGGUCCUGUUUUGGGCCCCCUAGUGGGAGGAUUUGCAGUCAUGGCAAAGGGAUGGAAGUGGACGAUAUGGGAGACUACGUGGCUCUCCGGAUUUUGCUUUGUUCUGCUGUUCUUUUGCCUCCUGGAGACUAGCUCGACCAACAUCCUGCACCGCCGGGCAAAGCGGUUGAGGAAACUUACCGGUGACGAUCGGUUUACUUGCGAGUCCAUAUCUGACGGCGGCAAGGAUGACAGGAAAGGACGUAUGUAUAGCCAGGCUGAUAGUGAUACGCUAAUUGUCCUCAUGGUUCUGAUCAAGCCUAUCACGCUCAACUUCACUGAGCUCAUUGUCCUCUUCCUCAACCUGUACAUUGCAUUCAUUUGCGGCCUACUUUACCUCUGGUUCGAGUCGUUUCCCAUUGUAUUCGAGGGCAUAUACCACUUCCACCUUGGUAGCAUGGGAUUAGCUUUCCUUGGCAUUCUUAUCGGCUUUGAUGGAAACGGCAACAUUGCGCCAGAGAAGCGGAUGUUUCCUGGCAUGAUCGGAUGCUUCUUUGUGCCUAUCUGUAUGUUCUGGUUUGGAUGGUCGGUGAGGGCGGAUGUGCAUUUCAUGGUGCCAAUUGUUGGAUCUGGCAGCUUUGGCAUUGCAGCUUUUUCAGUCUUCCAGGGGGCCCUACCAUAUCUCAGCGAUGCGUAUCCCGACUCUGAUCUGCAGCGAUCGGCGUUUGGUGCGGGGUUUCCACUGUUUGCGAACGCCAUGUACAAAAAACUUGGCAUCGAUUGGGCGAGCAGUCUGCUGGGCUUCUUGGGCAUCGCCUUUAUCCCGAUCCCAUUUGCACUGCAUAAGUGGGGCAGGCAGGUCAGGUUCAAGGGCAAGCUGGCGAGGAAGGACAUCUAA